CCCCGCCCUGACGCGCCCCACCUCUCCCGGAAGCACAGAGGCUGGAACGCUGGCUGCGGGGCUCCGAGGAGAGGAUCAUCCGUCCCCAGAAGGGCCAGGAGGGAUCUCCAAGCAGGAUGACUUUGGGAAUCUUUGCAAAUUGUAUAUUCUGCUUAAAAGUCAAGUACUUACCUCGUCAACAGAAGAAAAAGCUGCAAACUGAUAUUAAGGAAAAUGGCGGAAAGUUUUCCUUUUUAUUAAACCCUCAGUGCACACACGUCAUCGUUGACAGUGCUGACGUCCUGAGCCGGUGUCAUCUGAACUCCAUCCAGAAGAACGAUGUCCAGAUAGCAAACCCAGCCUUCAUCGAGGACUCGGUCAGACAGCGCAGACUCCUGGAUGUGAAGAAUUAUGAUCCCAUGUCGCCGGCUGGGGCAGCGCCUGCAGCUGAAAAGAGCAGUUCCAAAGUGCAAAUAGAAGAUCCGCCUUUGGACAACACCCCAGAGAAAGAAAACGUCGAAGUUGUUGAGGUCUCUGCAGAGAAUGUUGAAAUUCCUCCCUUUCUUCAGGACUUUGAAGUUGUGAAAUAUAACGUCUUGAAAAAAAUGGGAGCAGACGGAGGCCCGGAGACGGUGGUGGUGGAGCUGCAGAGCUCCCGAGACCCGGGGAGCUCCCCGUUUGUGAUAGCAGCACACUUCCUCCUGGCUGAUCAAAAGACGAGAAGAGCGAGCACUGGACAGCAAACCUCCGAAGGUGCAAUCGAGUAUUAUGAGAGUUAUGUGCAAGACCUGAAGAGACAAGGAUUCCUGCUCCAAGAGCACUUCACGGCCGAAGCAACGCAGUUAGCAUCCGAGAAGCUGCAGGCAUUGCUUUUGGAGGAGGUCAUAAGUUCAGGUACCCUGAGCCAGGAGGUGACUGAUUUUCUGGAGGUGAUCUGGACAGAAGCUCUGGGCCACCUGGAGCACACGCUCCUCAAGCCAGUGAACAGCGUGAGCCUGAAUGACGUGAGUAAAGCGGAAGGGAUUCUCCUUCUGGUGAAGACAGCACUGAAGAAUGGAGACUCGCAGGAGCAACUGCGGAAGACAAUGGCCGAGUUCUACCGGUUGCUGCCUCACAGACAUCCAGCAUCAGAGGAAGUUAACCUGAGGCUGUUAGCUCAGAAAGAGGACCUUUGUCAGCUGGUAAGAGACAUGGUGAAUGUUUGUGAAACUAAUUUAUCCAAACCCAACCCACCAUCUCUUGCCAAAUACCGAGCUUUGAGAUGCAAAAUCGAGCAUGUUGAAAAGAACACUGAAGAAUUUUCCAGGGUUAGGAAAGAAGUGUUGCAGAGCAGUCGAAGCGAAGGCCCCGUCGAUAUCUUGCAGAUAUUUAGAGUUGGCCGAGUGAAUGAAGCUAUGGAGUUUGUGAGUAACCUGGGCAACGUGCAAGCCCUGUUCCAUGGAUCUCCUGUGCGGAACAUUCUUGGAAUCUUGUCCCGAGGGCUGCUCUUACCUAAGGUAGCAGAAGACCGCGGUGUGCAAAGAACAGACGUUGGAAAUCUGGGGAGCGGGAUCUACUUCAGCAACUCACUCAGUACGAGCAUUAAGUACGCACAUGCAGGAGAGACAGAUGGCUCCAGGCUCCUGGUCCUCUGUGACGUUGCCCUGGGAAAGUGUAUGGACUUAUUCAAGAAGGACUUUUCUUUAACUGAGGCACCACCAGGCUAUGACAGUGUGCAUGGAGUUUCGAAAACAGCCUCUGUCCCCACAGACUUUCAGGAUGAUGAAUUUGUUGUAUAUAAAACCAAUCAAGUUAAAAUGAAAUACAUUGUUAAAUUUUGCAUUCCUGGAGAUCAAAUAAAGGAAUUCCAUCCUCAUGAAAACACUGAAUUAGAGGAGCACAGAGCUGAGCUCUCAAAUGUUCCAGAGGUUGAAGAUUUCCAGUUACCAGAUGUCAAGUCCCUCAAAGACGUCAAAGCCGGCCUUCAGGACGCGUCUGCAAAUCCUGUCCCUCUUGAAAGUGUUCACAUCAGGGGAAGAAUAAUAGACUUUGUAGCCCAGGUCAUUGUUUUUCAGACAUACACAAAUCAAAGCCACGUGCCUAUUGAGGCAAAAUACAUCUUCCCAUUGGACGACAAGGCAGCUGUGUGUGGCUUCGAGGCCUUCAUCAACGGGAAGCACAUAGUGGGAGAGAUAAAGGAAAAAGAAGAGGCCCGGCAGGAAUACCGAGAGGCUGUCAGCCAGGGCCAUGGUGCUUACUUGAUGGACCAGGACACUCCGGACAUCUUCACUGUAAGCGUUGGAAACUUACCCCCUCGGGCUAAAGUUCUCAUCAAAAUCACCUACAUCACAGAACUCAGCAUCCAAAGUCCCAUGGCCAUCUUCUUCAUCCCUGCCACUGUAGCGCCCUGGCAACAAAACAAGGCGUUGAAUGAGAACCUUCAGGACACAGUGGAGACGAUUCGUAUAAAAGAAAUCGGAGCAGAGCAAAGCUUCUCCCUGACCAUGUCCAUUGAGAUGCCCUACAUGAUUGAAUUCAUUUCCAGUGACACACAUGAGCUGAGACAAAAGAGCACAGACUGCAAAGCUGUAAUUAGCACCGUGGAAGGCAGCUCCCUGGAUAGCAGUGGAUUUUCUCUCCUCAUUGGUUUGCGUGAUGCAUAUCUCCCAAGAAUGUGGGUUGAAAAACAUCCAGAAAAAGAAAGUGAGGCCUGCAUGCUUGUCUUUCAACCGGAGCUGGCAGACGUCCUCCCUGACCACCGAGAAAAGAACGAAGUGAUUAUCUGUCUUGACUGUUCCAGUUCCAUGGAGGGCGUGGCAUUCACACAAGCCAAGCAGAUCGCCCUGUAUGCUCUGUCUUUGCUGGGCGAGGAGCAGAAAGUCAACAUUAUGCAGUUUGGCACAGGUUACAAGGAACUAUUUUCAUAUCCUAAGUGCAUCACGAACAAUAAAUUGGCCACGGAGUUCAUUAUGUCUGCAGCACCUUCCAUGGGGAACACAGACUUCUGGAAAGUUCUCCGCUAUCUUAGUUUCCUGUACCCUUCAGAAGGGUUGCGGAACAUUCUCCUCAUAUCCGAUGGCCACCUUCAGAGUGAGAGUCUGACCUUGCAGCUUGUGAAAAGAAAUAUCCAGCACACCAGAGUGUUCACCUGCGCUGUUGGUUCUACAGCGAAUCGUCACAUCCUAAGGACCUUGUCUCAGUGUGGUGCUGGAGUGUUUGAGUAUUUUAACUCAAAAUCUAAGCACAGUUGGAAAAAACAGAUAGAAGCCCAAAUGACCAGGAUACACUCGCCAAGUUGUCACUCCGUCUCUGUGAAGUGGCAGCAGCUUAGCAGAGAUGCCCCUGAGCCCCUGCAGGCUCCCACGUGCGUGCCCUCCUUGUUUCACAAUGAUCGACUCCUGGUCUAUGGAUUCAUUCCUCAUUGUACACAGGCAUCCCUGUGUGCAUUCAUCCAAGGGAAAGAGUUUUGCACAAUGGUGUCAACUACAGAGCUUCAGAAGACAACUGGGACUAUGAUACACAAGCUGGCAGCCCGAGCCCUGAUCAGAGAUUACGAAGACGGCAUCCUCCACGACAACGAAACCAACCACGAGAUGAAGAAAAACAUCAUGAAAUCUCUGAUCAUCGAACUCAGUAAAGAAAAUUCUCUUAUUACACAAUUUACAAGCUUUGUGGCAGUUGAGAAAAGGGACGUUAAUGAGGUUCCUUUGGCUAACGCCCCAAGUAUUUCGGAACUCGUUGCCAAAGAAGAUGUAGACUUUCUACCGUACGUGAGUUGGCAGGAAAAGCAGCCUGAGACCUUCACAUCACAGGCAGAGAUGGAGUCUUCCAGACUAAAGCAAGAUAAAGGCAGCGAGGGCAAUGGAUUACGACAGGGGUGCCAUUAAACAGAACUAGGCAUGGUGAAUUUUCAGAGGAAAAAACUUAUUUUUCCAGUUUGCCAUUUAUCGUGAUUGAUUUUUAUAU